AAUACAAUAAAUUGGAAACCCUAAACCCUUUCAUCUUCUUCUUACCCCUCCGCACAGCCAGUUUUUCUUCUCACAUUCGCACUGUUUUUCGUUGAUACUGUAUUAUACCUCCGUGCGCGGCGUCGUCAUCCACCGCAAAAUAGCAACGAUUGCGGCAAAUUGGGACUUCUCGAACUGCAGCGUGCGUCUAGCUUUGAUUUAUUGAAUACAUUUGUAAAUUGAGCUCAUCUGUAUAUGUUUGAUUCUCUGUUGAAAUAUCUUGGUCUGUCCAGGGGAAGAUGAAACGGAGUUAGUUUUUAGUGUAGAUUUUAGGGUUUGUAAGGAUUUGGAAUUCGUUCCCUAUUGCGUAGGUUCUCUUCCCUGCUUGGAUAUGACGUCAAGACCAGAACUGCAAGCUCCUCCAGAAAUAUUCUACAACGAUGCUGAGGCUCGGAAAUAUACUUCAUCCUCUCGUAUCAUUGAAAUUCAGGCAAAAAUCACAGAUAGAGCGUUGGAGCUUCUUGCUUUGCCUGAUGAUGGAGUGCCCAGGUUGCUUCUUGAUAUUGGCUGUGGAUCAGGUCUUAGUGGGGAAACAUUGACUGAACAUGGACACCAAUGGAUUGGUUUGGAUAUCUCUCAAUCAAUGCUUAAUGUUGCAUUGGAGCGGGAGACUGACGGUGACCUUUUACUUGGUGACAUGGGUCAGGGCUUAGGAAUACGUCCGGGAGUUAUUGAUGGGGCUAUUAGCAUCUCUGCCGUUCAGUGGUUAUGCAACGCUGACAAGUCCUCUCAUAAUCCGCGACUAAGAUUAAAGGCGUUCUUUGAAUCACUAUACAAAUGCUUAGCAAGGGGCGCACGAGCAGUGUUGCAAGUUUAUCCUGAAAACGUGCACCAACGUGAAUUGAUUCUAGGUUUUGCUAUGCGCUCAGGAUUUGCUGGUGGUGUAGUCGUUGAUUACCCACACAGUGCAAGGAGUAGAAAAGAGUACCUGGUGCUUACUUGCGGUCCGCCAUCCAUUAAUUCGACUGUUCCGAAGGGAAAAGAUGGAGAUUACGAGAGCUGUUCCGAUGAUGGCAGUGGCGAAGAUGAAGAAAAUCAAACCGUUCGUAUGGCAGCACCGAGGAAAAGGCAGAAAAUCACAAAGAGAGGCAAAGGAAGAGAAUGGGUACUGAAGAAGAAGGAACAGAUGAGAAGAAAAGGGAAUGCUGUGCCGCCCGAUUCCAAAUACACGGCUCGUAAACGCAAGGCCCGUUUUUGAAUGUUCAUACAUUCAUCAUUUUUGUUCUUGUGAGAAAUUAUUUAAAAUAUUAUAUAUGGAGAUUAUUAUUAUUAUUAUUUUUUAUGGAGCUUUGAUUGAAUUUUGACAUUUUCUACCAUAUAUAUAUAUAUAUAUUGUGUAUAUGGUGAAUGCAUUGAAGGCAGAAUGAGAGUUUUAGGAUCUACCAUGUAUUAGUUUUACAGCAAAAUGUAUUUGGUUUAUG